ACAGUUCUGAACGUGAGAAGAGAGGGAGGGAGGGCGCGUGGGAGGAGCGAGAGUGCGGGGGAGCGCGCCGGCGGGCGGCGACCUGACCAACCGGCGAGGUCCGGCGCGACUCUGGGAGCGCGCGUGCGCGUGCCUUACCUCCCCGCUGGUGUUGCUGCUUCUCCUCAGUGCUUGGGCCGUGCGAACGAGUUCCUUGUCGCAAGGGGAGGGAAUCCGCUCCGGCAGCGACGGCAAAAGCUGAGGGGGACGGCGCUGCGCUGGCUGGUAAAAGGAGGAACUCAAGAUGAUGAGUUGUAAUCACUAGAGAGUUUUAAAGCAAACAUGAAUGAAUAAGGAUUGGUUUUACUUGUGCGAAGAAACCCUGACCAUGGAUCAUUUUGGAGCAAACUAAGGACUCAGAAGUGGAGGGGCCUGGUCAGCAUUUCUUGAACUGACAAUUGCAUUUUGGAUUUUUAGGAAAAUAUUAUUUGAAAGCUGAGAUCAAGACUGUGUUCCUCUUCAGCUGGGCUUUCUCUAGAGACAACUGAUUCAUCAUUAAAGAUGUAAUUUGACAUGUAAUUGCCUGUAUUUUAAAAAAGGAUUUGGGGCAUUGUAUGGAAGGGAACAAAUAAGAAGACUAAAACACAGGACCAGCCUUUCAGCAUGCCCCCCACUCCCCCUUGAAAGAAAAGGAUUUACAGCUCAACCUCGCACCAGCUGUUAUCUGGAUUUAGCAGUUGAGAAAUAAACAAAAUUAAACCACCACUGCUAGACAGCCCCAGUUCCUCGUGGAAUCAGGAGUGCUCCUGCCUCAAGAGAGGAAGACUUGGGGGUGGGGUGGAGAAGUAAUAUGUGCAAGACUGGCAGAUUUUGCUAGCAGGAUAACCUUCCUUUGAGUAGCAACCACCAUGCAUUGUUUUACACUAAGAUCAGAUUGAAAAGGAGAAGGAGAAUCUUUCCCCCAAAUUCUGAGUUGGAAUCUACUCUGACUGUUUUUAAAAAAUAUCUGGUGGAGACUUGAUGCCAUUAUUGAUCAACUUCUUUGGAGUGUUCACCUGGCUCAGCCUGCCCCUUUGCACAUAAAAAGUUAAGCUGCUUUAUCUGCUAUAUUUCUCAACUCUUUGUGUCAUCUUCUGAAGAGGACCAGCUCCACAAGCUACUUCCUUUCAAAGCUUGCCUGGUGCAAGAACUUCUACCUGUUGCUAGCUAUUCUGAGUCCUAGAACUUUAAAUUGGAAUACAAGCCUAUUUUUAAAAUCUUCUUUGCUCCCAGAAAUCUUGGGAUUCAGUAUAGAAUUCUCUUGAUUGUCUGCUAUGACACUUCGAUUCUGAAUACUUCCAUCUUUCAUUCUAUUGCUGAUAACAAUUCCAUCAGGAUUAUACCAUAAAUCUAAUCUAAUUUUGGUAUAUCAGUUAAUUUCAAGAACCUGGAUAACUGUUAAACGUUUCCCCUUCACACAGUUGUGUUCCUUUUUGAAGGUCCUUCUCCCCAUUUUCGUGUCCAUUCUGACUUCAGUUGGGCCUGGGCUAUGCUGCAGGGCGGAUCAUCCUCCAGAGCUCCAACAUGCCCGCAGCAUCUGGAAAAAGAUUCAAACCCAGCAAGUAUGUCCCAGUAUCAGCUGCUGCAAUCUUCCUAGUAGGAGCCACCACCCUCUUCUUCGCUUUUACGUGCCCAGGGCUCAGCCUGCAUAUCUCUCCAAUCAUCCCCAUUUACAAUGCUGUGGUCUUCCUCUUUGUGCUGGCAAACUUCAGCAUGGCCACCUUCAUGGAUCCAGGCAUAUUUCCUCGAGCUGAUGAAGAUGAAGAUAAGGAGGAUGACUUCCGAGCUCCACUUUACAAGACAGUAGAGAUAAAGGGAAUCCAGGUGCGCAUGAAAUGGUGUGCAACAUGCCGCUUCUACCGACCUCCACGCUGCUCCCAUUGCAGUGUCUGUGACAACUGUGUGGAGGAGUUUGACCAUCACUGUCCUUGGGUGAACAACUGCAUUGGACGGCGCAAUUACCGCUAUUUCUUCCUGUUUCUGCUCUCACUGACAGCACAUAUUAUGGGUGUAUUUGGCUUUGGCUUACUGUAUGUUCUGUAUCAAGUAGAAGAGCUCUCUGGGAUCCGCAUGGCUGUCACUAUGGCUGUGAUGUGUGUGGCUGGCUUGUUUUUCAUUCCUGUGGCUGGCCUUACAGGAUUCCAUGUAGUGUUGGUAGCUAGGGGUCGCACGACUAAUGAACAGGUUACGGGCAAAUUUCGGGGUGGAGUAAACCCAUUUACCAAUGGUUGCUGUAAGAAUGUCAGUCGUGUUCUCUGCAGCUCCCCGGCACCCAGAUACCUUGGACGGCCAAAGCCAGAGCAGACUGUAUUAGUGAGGCCACCAUUCCUGCGGCCAGAAAUAUCAGAUGGGCAGAUUGCUGUAAAGAUCAUGGACAAUGGUAUCCAGGCUGAGCUGAAGAGAACAAAGUCUAAAGGAAGCCUUGAAGUGACGGAAAGCCAGUCUGCUGAUGCUGAGCCACCACCCCCACCCAAGCCAGACCUCAGCCGCUACACAGGCCUGAGGACACAUUUAACCCUGGCCACCAAUGAGGACAGCAGCUUGCUAGGCAAGGACAGCCCUCAGACUCCAACCAUGUAUAAAUACCGACCAGGCUAUAGCAGCAGCAGUUCGUCAGCUGCAAUGCCUCACUCCACCAGUGCCAAGCUAAACCGAGGAGACAGCCUGAAGGAGCCUACCUCCAUAGCUGAGAGCAGCCGAAAUCCCAGCUACCGCUCUGAGCCAAGUCUUGAGCCAGAAAGCUUUCGGUCUCCCACAUUUGGCAAGAGUUUCCAUUUUGAUCCUCUCUCCAGUGGCUCCCGCUCUUCCAGCCUCAAGUCUGCCCAAGGCACGGGCUUUGAAUUAGGCCAUCUUCAGUCAAUCCGUUCUGAGGGUACCACAUCAACAUCCUACAAGAGUUUGGUUAACCAGACACGCAAUGGGAGUUUGUCAUAUGACAGCCUUCUCACACCCUCUGAUAGCCCUGACUUUGAGUCAGUGCAGGCAGGCCCAGAGCCAGACACUCCCAUGGGUUAUACUUCUCCCUUCCUUUCAGCCCGUAUUGCUCAGCAGCGGGAGGCUGACCUGCACAGUCGGUUCCCAAGCUCUGGCUCACCUAAGCACCAGCCAACCCGUGAUCCUUCACCUGUCCGCUAUGACAAUCUCUCGCGCCACAUUGUGGCCUCCAUGCAGGAGAGGGAGAAACUACUGCAGCAGUCACCCACACCACCACCUCUGGCCAGAGAGGAGGAUACAGGGCUAGGGGACUCGGGCAUCCAGUCCACACCAGGCUCCAGCAAUGCCCCACGUACCAGCUCCUCCUCGGACGAUUCAAAGCGUUCGCCUCUUGGCAAGAACCCACUCACCCGCCCAGUGCCGCCUCGCUUUGGUAAACCAGAACCAUCACAUGCACUCAGAAUGCGCUCACUGGGUUCACCAGACCAGCCUGCGGCCCCCCACUUGGGCAAAUCUGUGUCUUACAGCAGCCAAAAACAGUCACCCCAAGCCAUCGUCCCAGAGACUGAGGAGGUGGCCUUGCAGCCUUUACUGGCGCCAAAAGACGAGGUGCAGAUGAGACCCUCCUACAGCAAGUCCAAUGGACAGCCCAAGAGCCUGGGUUCAACCACGCCCACCCCAGGCCAGCCACCUCUCAGCAGCCCCACUCGUGGAGGAGUCAAGAAGGUCUCUGGAGUGGGUGGGACUACGUAUGAGAUUUCUGUAUGAGGAGGAGAUCUUCCCAGUGUCAUCUCCCUGGCUGAUUCCAAAAUGCACUGUCCCUGGUGAGGGGAUAUGCUCAGCAAACGGUUACCCCAUCACGUGCAUGGACUCGUUUUUUUAACAAAUUCAGUUUUGGGGGAUGUGGAAACUGGCAGGGACAAUUACCUUUUUAAAUUAAAAUACCUGGGAUUGGGAGAGUCCCUAAACACUACAGCAGGAUCUCAGCCUGCUCCUCAGUCUGCUCUCUUCCUCUCAACCAGCCAAGAGACUGCAAUUUGUAGCAUACACUGCCGAGAGAGAAGGGGGGUGGGGAGAGAUGCUUGUGGUCAGCUCUCCUCUGUGGGAGAAGGUGCAAGCUGUAGCCUGCCCCACUACCACCAACGGGACAUUCAGUAGUGGACCUCGUGCAAUCGCUCACCUAAUGCAGUAGGAGUGGAUCAUUUUUAAAUUUUUUUUAUUAUUGUUACGGAUUCUAUUUUUUUCCUCUUCUGAGUUACUGGGUGUGUGUAUAUAUAAAUAUCUAUAUAUAAAUAUAAAUAUAAAAAAGAAAUUAUAUAUCUACCCAUAUUGAGGGAGGCAGACCCAGGCAGAGCUCAUUAACAGGGCCUGAGGAGACAUGUAUAAAGCAUUUAAGUUCAAAAGUGUCUGAAUGAUUGUAUCAGACCAGUCAUUUGCUUUCUGGGCCAGGCAGCCUAGAGGAUUAAGACAUCCCUGUAAAACAGCCGCGUCUAGUUCAAUAUGAUAUUUGACCAUUGCUCUCUGCCUGGUUAUCUUAGUGACUGUAGCCUGCCUUUCCUCUACCAGCUGGGCAUGAUCCUGGCUUGUUUACCCACCUAUUGGCUCGUCCAUUCAGGACAUGGAGGGGAAGGAUGAAGUCCAUCAACUUUCUUUUAUCUGUAUGCCCAGGCUGUAUCCUUCUGGAACUUCCCCAGGGGUAGAUCCUUCCUUUCUUGAGGGACUUGGAGGGUUCAGGAAAACAAGGAGAGAUUAUGAAGAUCUGCGUUUCUGGCUUCCGGACAGGCUUAGACUUCUAGAAAACUUCUAAGUGAACACAUCAUCCACAGUAAGCUAGGCAGAGCAGCAUGCAAGGUGUUGGGUGUGUAUUAGGGCUUGGGGUAUUGUGCUGAGGAAGGAGGGAGGCAUUGGAAUUGGGGCUGGGUCCCUGACAUGGAGAUAUCACUUGUAUUUAGUAAAUCCCUCUCCCAGGUGGUAUUCCUGCUUUUUUUUUUACAUUGCUUGUAUGAAUUGCUCCGUGUUGAUUUCUUGCGGUGUCAGUGAUUUCCAAACUGGGCAAGAGAAAGAAGAGGAAAAAACAGAAAACCAAAAAGCAAUAUUUUUCCAUAUGCCAAAAAUAUCUCUCUACCCUUGAAAUAAAAAACACACUAUUUUUUUCAUAUGCCAAAAAUCUCUCUCUACCCAUGAAAUUAAAAAAAAAAAUACAGCAACCCAGGAAUCCAACAGUUUCUAGGCACUACUGACUCUUUCUCUAUGGCAAUAUCUUUACUGUGCUCUCCACAGAGCCACACUUUUAUUUUUAUUAUGAUUAGCCAUUUUAAAAUGAGGAAUAAAAAUAUAAUG